AUGGCAAUGUCCGCUUGCUUGAAAUGCGCAAUGAAAAGGUGCCGUGCUCGAGUUGAAGAUUUCACAGUUGCAUGGAUUUGUGCCCUACACGUCGAACUUACCGCCGCAAGAGAAGCUUUGGACGAGGAAUACGAGCGUCUAGACGAUGUGGCCCACUACACACUGGGCCGUGUUGGCCGACACAACGUUGCUGUGGCAUGCCUGCCAGCCGGUCAUCUAGGCACAAGUUCUGCCGCAGCCGUGGCUGCUCAUAUGCAGAAUGCCUUUCCUGCGCUUCGAUAUGGACUUAUGGUGGGCAUUGCUGGGGGAGUUCCAAGUAAGAGCGUGGAUAUUCAGCUCGGUGAUGUUGUCAUUAGCCACCCUCAGGGCCGUUACGGAGGUGUCGUCCAAUAUGACUUUGGGAAGACUGGGUCGGGAGGGCAACACUUUCCAAAUGGCAGCCUCAACUCUCCGGAUUCUAUCCUCCUUCAAGCAGUGGCAGCCAUGCGAUCUUCUAUAAACGCGGGCCAAACCGAUAUCGUGUCGUACCUGUCAGCUCUCAACCAGCGUGGUCUGUUCCCUCGUCCCGGCCCAGAGACGGAGAAGUUGUUCGAUCCCUCCUACAAUCACGUCUCAGGUGAUACGUGUAAUUCAUGCCUCAAAGACCGCGUCGUCGACAGAUUUCCAAUGACCAGCCAUGACAUUGUAAUUCACUACGGAACAAUUGCCUCGAGCAACCAAGUUGUCGCAGAGCUCACUGGAGGCGGAGCAGAGACCGUUCAAUUCAUCCACGAAUCUGUGCACGACUACCUUCUCACAACGAAGCGACUCCAUCGACUUCAGCGACUUCAAGUCGACCUGUCAUCCAAUUUUCCCGGUGCCAGCCAUGAGACGUUGAAGAAAAGCUGCGAAACCUAUAUCGAAAUCGUUCGUUCAGAGGAUCCAGGCUCUGGGACACCUUCGAGCUGUUUAGAGUCAGAUCCUGGAACACAAGAAAUAAAGCCAGAAGACACUCCAUCUCUUAAGUACGCUGUUCGCAACAUAUUGUUCCACGCCGACGCCGCAGCAGAGCACGGCGUGAACCAAGAACGAUUCAUCGAUGGAUUCCCCUACGAACAGUGGGUGAAGGUAAGCGACUCUUUAGUCGAGCGUAGGACCGAACGCUACGGACUAGGUGUAAGCCCGCUGUAUAUCUUCGCCAACGAAAGCGUCCCAACUCUCGUCAGCAGUGAAGUUCGAAAGGUUCCGCUCAUCGAUGUCAAAGGGGGUCACUACGAUUAUCCGCUAAAUGCGGCAAGGGCUCAUAAUAGCAAGGAAACCUGA